CGCAUGCGCAAUUGACGUUUCCGCUAUUAGGGUGAAAGAUAUUACUGUUUUUUGUCGAAAUUAAAACGUAAUUUCUUCGCAAUCCCUCUAUCAAAUAUCAAACAAAGAGUACCCAAUCAAAAAAUAAAGAUGGCCCAUCAAGAUGGCCAGCCAAACGAACAUUUGGCCGAAAAUUGGUUGACAGAAUUUGAAGAAGAAUGCCUCGAGGAUUUGGACAACUCCGAAUCAAAUAUGGAGGAUUCUUUGCAAAGAGAAACAGAUUUUGCCUUACAGAAAUUGUUUUUCCAGUUCCAGAAUUCUGCUACAGCCAUUGCUCAAUUGUAUAAAGAUCGUUCCAAUGGGCUUUCAAUGUGGGUUCCAUUUCAAAAUGCUGCUUCAUCUGUGACAACAAUGUAUAAAGACAGUGUGGAGUCAGCCAAAAAUUCUAUGGAGCUUGGUGUUCAGAAGGGUCGACAGCGUAAUCUUAAAGACAUUGUGUCAUGGGUGAAAAAACGAAGACGACACAUACGUAGAGAGGACUUAUUAGCAUUUCUAAGUGGUAAAAAUCCACCACAGAGGACAAAAUCUGGUGCUGGUGUGAGACACGGGUCCAGCGUCAGAGCUGAUAGGUCGUUUCCAAGGUUUCCUUCUGCAGACAGUUUGCCAAGAAGUGCAGAGGCAGACCUUCAGUGUUUUAGAGAGGCAAUAGCUUUGCAAGGUCUGGAUGGAGCCAUGUCAAACAUCAGUGUGGGUUUCCGUCCACACAGUAAUCAUGGUGCUAAUAACCAGCCUCCACAUGCAGGCAUGCCGAAAAACAACAUAGACGAUCUGAACAGUUUCCUUCUUGAAGAGUUUUCACGCAACUGUGAUGCCCGAAAGAGAUCUUCUACUCCAGAUGUAAACAUGGACUCUCCUACAAGAAAGAAAAGCCGGUUAUUUUAGAUGAGAAAUAUUUCAAAAAGUUGUUAAAAAUGUGACUAUUUUACCAAUAGUUAACAUUUUAUUAGCUCGUAUGUUUUUUAAAGAAAAACAUUUGAGAUGUUUUCAUAGCCUUGGUUUGUCAUGGCCGUACAAAAACUUGACCCUUGACCAUAACUUAAAUAAUGUUCAUAUUCAAAUAAGAUUUGGUAGCAGUUUUACCAUAGACAAUAUAUACAUGAAUUGUAGACUUAUGUCCCUUUUCUAUUCUAAGAAACAAACACAGCAGACUAGUGUUGGCGUUCGAUCAACGGCACUCUUGUUAAUUCAAGUAUUGUAUUUUUGUUGUUGUUAAUUUUUCCCUUAAAAGAAUAUGUGCUGGAAUGGAAGACAGCAGGGUCUGUGUGUAAGAGCUGAUUUGUACAAAUUAAAGGAUGUCUACUGUAUACAUCAGUAAUCAAAACAUUCAGAAUCGUUAACCUUGCAGUAAAAGACUAGUUUUGUAUUGUCUUCCUUAGUUUCUCAUGUAAAGCUUCCUUGUAGUAUAUCAAGGCUUCCAUGAAGAAUUUGUAAUUGGAAGUAUGAACCUUCUUUACCAUCAGCUUUUGAUGUUUUUCUCUGACACAUGAUAGGACCAGUCUUUACUAUUAUUAUUCUGAUAAAAUCUGAAAUGAUUAGCUACUAAAAGAUGCUAACUCCAUAGAAGUGUAUUCAAACACUUUAUUCAAUAUUAAACAUUUUGAAAGUGUGGCCUUUAAUGGAACAUUGACACCAGGUUUUUAUGUUUUGAAAGCUUUCAUCUUUUAUCCAAGUUUUUUGGAAAUUUUAGCCCGUUUCUAGGGAGUAAUUCACUUCAAAGCUUCCUUAAAUGGAAACCUUUGUACCAACAAAUAUUCACAUUAACCAUUUCAUUAGAUGGAGCUGGAUGUAAAAAAAUUGAAAAAAUGUAGUAGUCGUAUACAACAUGCAUGUGUAUAUAUUGACAUCAAUAAUCUCAUUUGAUUAUUUCUUGUAACUAGCAAAUCAUACUGAAACUGCACUGAUGAAUAAAAUAAUGCGUCGUCUAAGUUAUUUCAAAAUGUUCUUUAUCUGUUUUCAAUGCCGACAAGUAUUUAUGACUCCUCUGGUACACCAUUGUGUUUAAAAAAAAAAUACUGAUUAAUACGAACAGAAUUAAAUUCACUUUGAUAAACUGUUUCGCUGCUUGAAAGUUUUAGGUUUUUAAGUUUCAUUAGACUGUCUGCAUUUUAUUUUUAUAUGACAGUGAAACAGUUGUUUUUCAACCUAAAAUGGUGCUGAAAUUUGGCCCCAUUCCAUAAUAAGAAGAUAAGCCCUUUAAUAAAUAAUUGCUGAUUUCACAAUCUCAAUGGGACAAAUUCCACAAUUCUGGAAAUUGAUAUAUUUGUCAUUACUCCACCAUUUUCUUCCCUGCAUGUUUUAUAAACUUUGGGCGAUUGUUCAGAGCUUUGUAAACAACAAUUAACGACAUCAUUGUACAAUUUUUUACGUGAACAUAUUGAUGAUUUGCUCACGUAUUUAAAUAAAAACAAGUACAGCUGAAAAAGUUGUCUCAAAUCUUGUUUGAAAUACAACAGAUCACGAGUGAAUCCAUUAAAUUUCCAGAGCAGUAACAAUUUAAAAGUUUACAACGAUGACGUUAACAACGUUAUCUUUAACAAAGUUCCACAAAUUGGACCAUUGUUUCACAAACAAGCUUUUCCUGUUUUGUGUCACUAUUUUCACUAUUCAAUGGACCCUGUCCCAUUUACAUAGAGUUGGGAGAAAAAGCACUGUAUUCAUUGUGUUUGUGUUUUGAAAUUGGUUGUCAAAAUAAGUAACUAAACUUUGUACAUUUUUAUGAAGUAUAACUCAUAUAUGUAGUUUUAUUGAUGAACUCUUAAGAAGACACAAGUCGUACAUGUAUGUUUCUAAUAGGAAUUAUCUUUUAGGAUUAGAAUAAAUUCUUGAUUUAGUUCAAUUAUGAUGAAUAAUUGUCUUUCAAUAUUGGGAUUAUUUUAUUUUGAAUUUUUUUAUCAGGUUAUGAAGAAAGAUGCUGUAUGUACAUGUAAUUUUUAGUUCUUGCAAAAAGGGCAUUAUUUUUUAUAUUCAUUUGUUUUGUGAAAAUUUGUUUCAAAAAGGGUAGAAUACAGUGAAACUUAGGUAAUACACAGGGGAAACAAUGUAUUCCAAGAUGUACCAUAUUUUUCACAUGUUGUUAAAAAAAAUAUGAGGUUCAUAGAAGUAUUUGUCUCAGAGUGUGUGUAGGGAUAUGUCAGAUCUUAUAAUACGGUACUAUGUUUAAAAAUAUGUAUUUAAAGUGUAAUUAUAGUUAAACAAUAUAAAACAAUGAUAUUUUAAUUAGUUAUAAUACAAGUUUAUGUGUUACACACAAAGCAUGGAAGGAGCUAAGGGAUUACAUAGUCUGUAGUCAACUGUCAUAGAACAAGGGAAUCGUUGUCAUUGGCCUUAUACUUUCAUUUAUCGUUAAUAAAUUUUAAAUGGCUUGUUUUAGAGUCUUAAAUCUUGGUACAGUAAAACCCUGUUGGGAACGGCGAUAAUACCUCGAGGCUCGGAAAAUUCGAGUAAAGCCGGAUUGUUUAUCUUCAGUAUAAAGAAAUCGUUCCUUUACAUCCAGUUUGAUCCAACAAGGAAUUCGAGCUAAGCGAUAUCAAGCAAACGUGGGUUCGACUGUACAUGAAUGCAUAUUAGCCAUUGUCAGUGGAUGACCCCUUAUGUUCUUAGGGUCAGUUGGUCAAGGUCAUGGGGACUUUCACAAAGAUCACAUGUUGGGCUAUCUGGCCAGAUGACACAAUCAAUUCACAGAAUUUUAGAUUAAUUAACAGUGAUGACCUUCACUAAAGGGCCAUUUGUUAGGGGCUCCUGACUAGCAACACAUGAGGAAUUUUAGAUUAAUAAAUAGUGCCUUUAACUAUAAUGGUUUUAUAUAUGGGUAAUGUAAAAUGCACUGUUCUAAGCAAUUGCUAUAUUAAGAGAUCUUACUGGUGACCUUCACAAGGGCCAUUUGUUCAGCACUCCUGACCAGCGACACAUAGACAGAAUUCUAGAUUAAUAAACUGUGCCUUUAACUAUAAAAGGUUUAAAUAAGCAAAUGCAAAGUGAACUGUUAUAAAGCAUAUAUGCUAUUUUUUCUAUAGGAAAGAACUUGUUAUUUUAAGUUAAUUCUGUUUUAAGAUGAUACUUUUUAAAGUUUGGUUUAUGUAUAGGAAAAAUUAUAUUAUAUUACAUAAAUAAUGUUGUUUUUGUCUGAGAAAUAAAUAGAUUGCUAACUGAAUAAUUCAAGUCUAUAUCAGACAAUGUGUAAAUGGUUUAAAAUAUUUGUGUUAAAAAACCACACUACAAAGUAACAAACAGUUGCUCUGUAGUUGAAUUGGGCGCACCUAAGGUGUACUGUAUACUAUGGCCAGUUUAGGAAAAUCGUAGAUAUAGUAGGUUGAGUGUAUGGAUGAAAUAUAUAUGUAUCAUUUUUCUUUGGUUAUAAUUACACUCAUGUUAUGUUUGUAUUCAGUUAUUUAUAAAUAUUUUCAAUUUUAUAAAAAUGAAUCUGGUUUUCCCUUAUUGUUAAUGUUUUUGUAAUAGUUGCUUCACCUGAAGCUCUUCAGUUUCGAGGGUAGUGGGUGAUGUUUACAGUGCUCCAGCUAGGCUAAAAUUGAAGGGCGGGGAACCUGCUGUCCUUCUCCCAGUACUCUGCUGUGCCCUUUUGUUUGACAUGGUCAUUUUUUCAGAAAUAAGCAUAUAGAUGACUGAUUUACAUUAUUUUGACACUGAAGUAAAGAUAAUAGCAAAGGUAUUCAUAUUUAACUGUUUGUAUUUAAAGUAGUUACAGCACAUACACAAUAUAAAUUGAACAUUGGCCCUUGCAAGUGCCCUAUUAAGGCUCAUUCAAUGCGCAUCAAAAGUACCCUUUCUGACCUAGCACCCUGCCCUUUUUAAAUCCUGACUGGAGCACUGUACAGUUUUGUACCAUGUUGUCAACGUUUUAUAACUAGUGUGUGGUUAAGUUAAUAGCCUUGUUAUUUAACCACAUGCUAAUUAUUGAAUGGUUAAGCUCUGUCUAAUUGGUACAGUUAUGUUAAUUAUUUUGAUAUAGUUAAAAAUGACACAAUGUGUCGACAUAAUAUGAUAAUUUAUAAGUUGAAGAUAUUAAUUAAAAACAACACCAUGCUUGUUGUUUUCUCUGAAAACAUUGAUAAUGGAACAUGCUUUGUUACAAUAAUUAACAAUUAUAGUCUCUGAAAGGAAUGAAAUUUAUAUUAGAAAAUGACCAUGAGGCAUGUCAGUCAAAUAAAUUGUACCUUUUUAAAUGAAAAAAAUUGUAACUGUAUAUAUGAAACAUUUGUAUAAAAUUCAUUUCCAAAAAAUCCUGAUAUAGUUAAUUAAUUGAAAAUAUAUACUGAGCUUAAGUUACAACUCGGAUGAUUUUGACAAACAAAAUAAUCUCCAAUCUUGGAAUUUGGUGUUUCAUAGGAGUCAAUGUAAUGGUGUUUGUUCAUUUUAUGUAAAAAUUAGAAUUCACUCAUUUUUUUCGUUUUUUUAUUGUUGAACACUAAAAAGUGACCCAUACAUGUUUCUAUUAAAAAGAGUUACUGUUUUAGUUUAGUAACUAUAAAUAUUUGUCUUUCAUAGUAGUAUUGGUUUCAUUAUUUUUUUAUUUAUUUUUUUAGAUUUAUUUGUUUGUCAAAAUCAUCUCCAGUCUGUUUUAUGAGGAGUCAACUUAAUGGUGUUUAAUCUUUAUUUUGUGCUUUGAUGGCAAAAUUAUUCAAAAUGGAUCAUCAGGAAAUACCACAAAAAAUUUGGGAGCUCAUUAAGAUCUUUACUCAGAAAAAGUUUUAUUCGUAAAAGUCAGAUCAGGAAUUAUUCUUGUAGCCCGCUGGCUGGCACUUGUAGCAUCAGUCAAUACAUCUUUGAUGGCCCAUGGUGCAAAAUCUAGAGAGAGGGAUAGUGGAUGCAAGAUAAUUCGAACUAGGGAAAUUGGAUUGUUGAUUUUUUAUCAGCCAGAUACUUGAUGUUAAGAUUGGUACCAUACUAGUAUGGCUAUAUUAAAGCUAUGGGAUAUUUUGAACCAAAUUCUUCUUUAUUUAGAUUUUCAGACUCCUUAUGAAUAAUUCUGCCAUAAUAACAUCUAUUUUGUUUAUAAAUUGUUUAUGAUAAAAAAAAAUAUUACAAUAAACAUGUUAUAAAUAAUC